ACUUUGAUGUAUUCUGUACUCACAUGUUGUACUCGUAUCGAAUCAUACCACAGUUUCGCAGGUGUCCUAGAAAUGAUAUCCGUCAUAUCGAGGCGAGGGAUCCUCGACGCUGGGCAACCUGUCUUCUGUGGCUCUCUUGCCUUGCCCUGGCUAUACACUGCUUCUCCGGCAAAGCAACAUGCUGAAAAUCCUGAGAAGCUGGGUCCGAAAGCUCGAAGUGUCACACGACAAAGAUCUCUCGUUCACGGAACAGUUUUUAACCAAUGAUGAUCUCGUCCCUGUGCCACCUGAGAAACGUACUUGGGGGACAUGGAACUUUAUUGCCUUUUGGAUCGCCGAUAGCUUUAACAUCAACACAUGGAUGAUUGUGUCAUCGAUGGUUCAACUGCCUGUAGGUCUCUCUUGGUGGCAGGCAUGGAUAUGUGUAUGGCUCGGGUAUGGUGUUGUCGCUCCGUUCAUCGUUGCAAACGCCCGUCCUGGCGCCAUCUUUCACGUCACUUUUCCGGUGGUAGCCCGUACGAGCUUCGGAUUGUACGGGAGUCUUUGGUGUGUAUUCAAUCGGGGUGCCAUGGCUUGUAUCUGGUAUGGCGUCCAAGCUAGUAUUGGAGGUAGUUGCGUGCUGGUGAUGUUGAGGGCUAUGUGGCCUAGCGUGAACAACAUCCCGAACUCAAUGCCUGCCUCUUCCGGUACAACCACUCGUGACUUCAUGUGUUUCUUUUUAUUCUGGCUUAUCUCGCUUCCCGCGAUCUGGUACCCCAUUCAUAAAAUUCGCCAUUUGUUCACAGUAAAAGCCUUCGUUGCCCCAGCAGCUGGCCUCACGUUCUUUAUUUGGUGCAUUGUGAAGGCUCAUGGCGUUGGUCCCAUCAUACAUCAGCCAUCUCAGCAAAGCGGCUCUGCUCUUGGUUGGGCCAUGGUCUCAAGCCUGAUGUCCUGCAUCAGCAACAUGGCCACCCUUGUAACCAAUGCUCCUGACUUCGCAUCUCGAGCCAGGUAUCCAUCGGCCGCAGGACUCCCCCAGCUCAUUUCCGUGCCACUAGGGUUCUCGAUUGUCAGCUUCAUCGGCAUCAUCGUCAGCUCGUCUUCUGAGGCCAUCUAUGGAGAGGCCAUUUGGUCACCCAUAGAUCUUCUCGGACGAUUCCUUGACGAUCAUCCUUCCCACGCAACGCGGUUUGGGGUUUGGUUCAUUUCUGCAUCCUUCAUUAUAGCUCAGCUCGGUACAAACAUUUCAGCCAACUCCAUCAGCGCUGGAUGCGAUCUUACAGCUUUAUUCCCUCGAUACAUCAAUAUACGACGGGGAGGAUUCAUUGCUGCGAUCGUUGGCCUUUGCAUGUUGCCAUGGAACCUCCUCAAAAGUAGCAACAGCUUUACGUCCUAUCUUUCCGCCUAUUCUGUAUUUCUCAGCUCCAUAGCAGGCGUGAUGAUCACGGAUUAUUGGGUCAUUCGCAAAGGUCAUUAUCGAGUGAAAGACUUAUACAGUGCGCGGAAGGACGGUUGGUAUUGGUACACUUACGGUAUCAACUUCCGAGCAUACGCUGCGUAUAUCGCGGGUAUCCUCAUCAACGUCGUAGGCUUCGCCGGAGCCACGGGACGCUCUGUUCCCUUAGCAGCCACGCGGAUCUAUCAAAUGUCCUUCUUUACUGGGUUCGGUGUUGCUGCUCUCAUUUACUGGACUCUCAACUACAUCUUCCCGCCUUUGGGGGCUGCGUCUUCUUUCAAAGAAGUUGAUGUGAGCGCGGAGGAAGAUCUAGAUGUCAGAGGACGUGGUCCGAUCGGAAGUGAUGCCGACAGUGAUCUGGACAAGAAAGAAAGUAUCGUCGAGGACACUCGAAGUGUCCAUCACUCAGACAUCUAGCAUCAAAACGAAAGGUCGAUUACGUAGGCA